AUGGGCUUCUGGGUGACUUUGCUGAAUGUAUCCACGGGUGUCGCCGAUAUUUUCCUGCGUCUGAGUCCCGUGCCAGACAUGUACAACGUCCAUCGCAACAAAAACAUCGGAGAAGUGGCCGAACUGCCGCUCAUCACGAUGGUCGUCAACUGCCACCUCUGGAUGACGUACGGAUACGCGACAGAUAGCAUGUUCCCGCUACUGGGCUCCCAGCUCUUUGGUGAGAUCGUUGGCAUCUUAUACAACAUUGUAUACUACCGGUGGAGCCCCGAGGAAAAGCGCAAACGCCUACGCAAACUUUACGCGAUCGCCUUUGCAGUCUGGUGCGUCGUCUCACUCUAUGUCGUGCUUGGCGUCUCUGGCGUGUUCGGUCAGACCAAGUCAGAGGUUGGGACGUCUCUCGGAUACGCUGGAUGUGCGUUCAGUUUCUCGAUGUUCGCGUCUCCACUCGCCACGCUAAAGCACGUCAUCAGUACCAAGUCGUCUGCUUCCAUCCCGAUUAAUAUGUGCACUAUGAUCCUGGUGUCGACUGCGCUAUGGACCGGCUCAGGCAUCGUAGACGACGACUAUUUUGUAGCGGUGAUCAACAUAGUUGGUGUCUUGUUAAGCGGCACACAGAUCGCCAUCUACUUCAUGUACAGAUCCGGCAAAGUCACAUCGAUCGAGCUCGAAGCAGGCAAAAAUGCGUCGUUUAUCGCGAUCUCCCCCAAGGGUGAAGUUCACGGCACGGUGAUUGUCGAGAGCCCCGCAUACUACAAACCCAUGCCGUCGCCGCUGGUAAGCGAAAGAGUAUAGCGUGAUAGCAUAGAAUCAUCAAAUGCAAAACCAUUACUCCUUUUGUUUGUAUCCGGAA